AUGGCGCCCUGCGUAUUGCGUAGCUGCAUAAAUAUGUCCCAGGCAAUCAGCUGGUCGAAGGCUGUGUUGUUUUUGAAGAGAGGGAACAUGACUGCUUGCCGGUCACCUCCGGGUUUCCGAAGUUGUCAUUCGUAUGGCCAACCGAAACUAAGCCCACAAGAGGUAUCUUCAAUCCUUCGAAUCAAUGAAGUUUCGUACGACGUCAGCACUUCCUCCAUCAGAGCGUACGAUGCCAAUCAACUUUCGUCCAACAUCCCCAUCGAAGAUCGCAUCUGUGUGGCUCGCUGCCGUUACACCACGGGAAUGCUAUUCGGGGUAUUUGAUGGACACGGGGGUCCAGAUGUGGCGGAACUCGUCAGCCAGAGGCUCUUUGACUACAUAGCCCUGACUCUGCUACCGAUCCCCAUCCUGCGGGACCUGAUCGAGUCCGACUCGAACUUUUAUGGGAAAUUGACAGAAACUUAUUCCGAGACGGAUCUGUCCCCCAAGCUCAUGGAAAUCCAUGAGAAUAGUUUGAGAAAGUAUGCGAUUGAAAUCCUGGAAUCGCAGAGCGAGAGUUUCGACUUUGAAAUGCAGAAUGCUCUGUCUCGUGCUUUCCUGAAGUUGGACUCUGACCUAUCGGAAGAGAUCCGAGAAGCCGCCCACGAGGACAUGGACUUGCUGGCCAUGGCCAUCAUGGGUGCCUGUGCUUGUGUUGCACACAUCGACGGCUCUCACCUGCACAUUGCCACGAGUGGCGAUUGCCGAGCCGUCUUAGGGAUCAUGUCGGACGCCAACAAGUGGAUCUGCAAGCCCCUGUGUCUCGAGCACAACACGGACAACGUCGAUGAGAUGAGACGCAUCCUCUCCGAGCACCCCAAGUCGGAAAUGAACACAGUCAUCAAGAACGAGCGACUGCUGGGCCAGCUGGCACCCCUCAGAGCCUUUGGAGACUACCCCUACAAGUGGAAGACAGCGCUCCAGAAGAAGCUCCUGCUUCCAGUGUUCGGCUCCGGCAUCAUCCCCCCCAAUUACUACUCUCCCCCUUACCUGACUGCCAGGCCCGAAGUGUUCCACCACCACCUGACGGCCCGAGACAAGUUCCUGAUUGUGGCCACCGACGGACUCUGGGAACAGAUGCUGCCCCACAAAGUCGUCAAGUUCGUCGGCGAGCACAUGAGCGGGAAGCAGACUCUGGAUCUGUUGAGACUCCCUCGCAAGCAAAUGCGGCUGGAAGAGAUUAACGAGAUCCUCAUGCAGCGGCACAUCGGACUUUCCAAGAAGCCCAUUGACACCAACGCAUCCACCCAUCUCAUCAGAAAUGCUCUCGGAAGGACUGAGUAUGGUGUCGAGCACAGUCGCCUCUCGGCCAUGUUGUCCCUGCCGGACGACAUGGUCAGGAAUUUCAGGGACGAUAUAUCAGUUAUAGUUGUCUACUUCGACACGGAUUAUCUCCGCCACAGUCCCGCAGAGUGACACUGAAAGAAUUUGUGGUCAAGAAAUUGUUUUCCUAUGAUUCUGUUCAUUGCAUGUUAAUCCAGAGAUUUAAUGUUAUCUUCAAAUGUAAAUUAAUUUAUUUUUAGUAUAAAAAAUGGUUGCAUUUCAUUCAUAUGCCCUAUAUGUUGAUGGAUAUUUUCCACCUGAACCGAGCAUGAGUGAUAUUUGAUACACAAGAACUUCCCUGUGUUA